AUGACUGACGUUGGAGAGAUCCCAAUUAUUGAGUUCCUCAAGGACAAGAUUUAUUUAGGUGCCUACGACGCUGCGCCAGCAGACACUCGUCGUCGAGUGCACUUCACUAUCGACGACGUCCUGCCCUACAACAAUUUCCAUCAUGAUUUUGGCCCGCUGAGUGUAGCACACCUUUAUCGCUUUGCGGUUAUUCUGCAUGAAGUUCUUGGAGAAGAAGAAAACGCUGGAAAGGGGGUCGUUUUCUACUCGAGCACUGAUCCCAGAGCCCGGGCCAAUGCCGCCUGUGUGCUCUGUAGCUACAUGGUUCUCAUCCAAUCAUGGCCACCUCAUCUGGCGCUGGCGCCAGUUGCCCAGGCUAUGCCCCCUUUGAUGCCGUUCCGUGAUGCCGGCUACUCCGUCGCAGACUUUGGUAUCACCGUGCAAGACGUUGUUUACGGCGUGUGGAGAGCAAAAGAGAACAACCUCAUUGAUAUUCGCAAUUUCAAUCUUGAUGAAUACGAGCACUUCGAGAUGGUAGAGAACGGUGAUCUUAAUCUUAUUGCCCCACAUUUCGUCGCGUUUGCCUCCCCUGUUCAAGACGACUACAACGCUCCCUUGACCCCGGCCUUUGAGCAGGUCCUCGACUAUUUCUCUGCUCACGAUGUCCGCUUGGUAGUUCGUCUCAAUUCGCAUUUGUAUAACCGUGAAGAGUUCAUCAAGCGAGAUAUCAAGCACAUUGAUCUGAUCUUCGACGACGGCACCUGCCCCUCAAUGCUUUUUGUUCAGGCGUUUAUUGGUGCAGUCGAAGGAGUUAUCAAGGAGGGCGGCAAAGUUGCAGUCCAUUGCCGUGCUGGUUUGGGUCGCACAGGCUGCCUUAUCGGUGCUCAUCUUAUUUACACAUAUGGCUUCACCGCACAGGAAGCAAUUGCCUACAUGCGCUUCUUACGACCUGGUAUGGUCGUGGGUCCUCAGCAGCACUGGUUGUAUCUGCACCAAAAUGAGUUCCGUGAAUGGCGUCGCACCAUGACUCUUUCACGUCUCGCCGAUGAUUCUUUGGCCGGCUACAGCCCGCUUAUUCCUGUUGAGGAGAGCAUGCUGUCGCCCCGCCGUAUCACUUCAGCAUCGUCUCCUCCACGCACACCCGAGCGCAGUAUUCUGUCAAGCAUUGGCAGCUCUCAUAAUGCACUCCCUGUGCCAACCCCUGGACAGCCGCGAAAAUCACCCUCUCCUCUCCGCGUGGUCAGCCACAACCACUCGAUUGCUGGCCCACGGGCUUCAAAAUACAACUCAAUCUCCUCUUCUGCUGCCGAUAAUACCACCAACUCCGAUAACGAAGACAAUGGGAGGGAUGGAAAUAUUAUCACAAUGGCCAAAUCUCGCCGCAAUAUGACCGAGCAGAAUAUUCAGCACGAAAAAGUCAUUGGCCGCCAGCUGCGUGUGGUUUCAAACCCAUCCCCGCGCCGCCGCCGUCAAUUCUCCGGCGUUGACAUGCCGUCGUCACCUAUGCGCCGAACCUCACGGGUUUCUAGCAUGAUGCCCAGUGGCGUUCAUAAAUAA